CAAGAGCAACGACAUUUGGAAAUGAAUACUGGAUAUUUUUCGAGUUCUAGAAACCACGAAGAGGAAGAGCGCGAUUAACAUGGUAUUCCUGCAAGACGCAGAUUCCGGAAUUCCAUCGAAUGCUACCGCAGUCGAGUCCAACGCCACAGCGACUGCGACUACGCAGCGACGUUGCGAGCCAUUUCGGAAGAAGAGUCACAAGGAUGACACUUGCGCGAUCGCAUCAUCCUAUCAAAGAGCGCGUCUCAUGAGGCACAAACGCCGUCGGCGAGCGGCAUUUUUUCGACGGAGGACGUGUGGCAUAGAAACACUGACUCGCACGCUCUCCUGCACUCUAGUGUGGGAGGGAGCACUGGGCCUCAAUCGGCCUCCUGAGCACCAUCUCUUGCGGCGCGGAGACGAUGCGAGAGACGAUGAUCAGCAGCAUGCACGAAAUCAACAUGAGAUUGAUUUUGAAGAAGGAAAUGAAUCGGCAGCCUUAUCUUCGUCAAGGAAAGCAUUCGGAGAAGAAGGGGACACUGCGACGAAACAUACACACAAAGCAGGCAGUCAACGGACGAACAAUCACGAUAGAGAUGGCGUAGCACAUGAAUACAGGGUCCCCAAGGCUACUUCUAGUGAUACCAGAACGCAACAUAAAUUAGCUCGUGCGGCGUUCCAUGUCUCGCCUCAAGCGGUACUAGAGAGAAACCCAAUAGAAGUGCAAGCAGUUGCAGAUCUAAUCGAGGAUGCGAGAAAUCCGGACUACACGUAUUUGCGCCGUGAUACUCGACAUGCAUCGCCAGGACGUGAUGUGAGAAGAAGUGGCCAUCACAGGAAAACGCGGAAGACACAUAGAAACAGACAUCAUGACGCGGAGGCGGCUUCGUCGGAUGAAGAACAAGGUGAAGACAGUGCGCGAACGCAACACGAUCGAAAAGUGGGCGUCGAUAUCGAUCAAUCCCACGACACCGCAGACAGAAGCAGCCUCGAACAGUUGGAGGCUGGAGAAGCAUAUGACGACGAGCAGGAGAACGACGAUGAGAAAAUUCACGAUAACGACCUACACGACGACGAUGACGAACCACGACACGCACUCGAUUUUCAAGACGGCCACCGGUACGACAAAGGCGUCGCUGUAAACAGCUGGUCGAAUCGAGACGCCAUAGAAGAGGUCGCUGCACUGGUGAAUGACUUGAGAUACCCCUUCGAGGCAUCCUCCAGCGGUCUUGAGGAGAGAGAAGGCCGGAAUUAUGACGAGUCUAAUUCGCUAGUAGCCCACAGGCGGGCAGCACGUAGAAGACAUCGGCAAAAGCGGCGUGCGCUUCGCCAAGAGGAACAGUUUUUACAUGAUACCGAUAGGAAGAGGCGCCAUGGCCAUAGCAGCCUCGGACAUCUUCACCAUCAACACUAUAUGCCGAAGAACGAUGACGACGAUGAUUCAGGUCCUAAAUACCAGCAUCACAGCACCAGUAAGCAUCACAAAAAACACGACGAUGAUGGCAAGGACUCAGGAACGCACAAAAAAAAGAGCGAUGACGAUGAUGCGAACCACGAUGAGAAUACGGACGGAAAGAACGACGACGAGGAUAAGAGCAACGAUGAUGACGAUCAACAUCAAGAACAACAGGACGUCGAGGAGGCGGAUAACUCCCCGAAAGCUGCAGGAGGAUUUUUUAGCACGAUCGUCAAAGGAGUACAGCGCUCCCUGUACUACAUCGUUGUUGUGCUGGGAACGCUGCUGACUUUUUUCAUAACCUGGAUAUGCGGCGGUCGUUUAGCAACAGCCUUAUACACGCGGUGGAGACGAAUGAGUAUUUGACACCACCUGCACUUCGUGCUUACUAUACUAGGAUUUUCUAGCAAUUUCAAUUGAAGUCCAAAUGGUAUUUGCAGGGUCAUCUUGUUGCAAUAACUACAGACGCAGUCCGGUCCAGCGCCACGGGUGGUGGCUCGCGUCCUACAUCAGCAUCGCCGCGGCGACAAAAGAGGCCCGACUCUGGCUCGCGUGAUGCAGAUAGAUCAGGGGCGGCUCGCCGAUUGACCUUCGCGGGCUUAGACGGCGACAGCGAUGCCGAAGUGUCGGAUGCCGGGUUGCACUCGGGAGCCGAAGCCCCCGAUAUCGGUGAUGAAGACAGGAGUAAAAGCGAGAGUCGUGAGGGCAGCCCAUCUAGUGGGGUUUCUCGAAGUAUAGGUGCAGCGGCCUCUACUGCAGUUGCAAGUAACAAAAACAAGCUUGAUGUAAAUCGGUACUAUGGCCGAAACGGAGAAGAUCGAGCGGCAGAACGGGCUCAAGAUCCGUCGUCCUCUGAGGAGCCUUCAUCCUCCGCAGUUCCAUCGUCAAGCGAGGACGGAUGCCCGACCGACUAUGCCGCCCUACGGCACGAAACGGCAAUGCAAGCGAGACGGGCGUCUAGGCAAGAACGCAGGUCUCCUGCGCGUGGAGGAGCUGCCCUUUCUCCGCCUACUGGGGUUCUCAAAAACCCUCCAACAGCGGCGAAGAUGUCUCCACCGCCUCCACAUCCUAAAACCCAGAAAGGCCCUCCAGAACUACAUCAACUGGAAGAUUCUCCCUUUGACGCAUCGUCUCGCGAGGAUGACAACGAUGAUCAAAGAAGUGAAGACGCUGAGGCCGACCUUGGUAUCGGGUCGUCAGCUCAAGGAUCGGCUUCGGCUUCCGCAUCUGCCUCAGAGGUUUACGAGGCCUCUGAUGUGUACGAAACAAGUGACGCAGGCUGAACACUUGAACAAGCAGCACAUCACGCGUUGUUUGUUUCUCAUAGAUACAAUGAAUAUAACAAGAAAGAACACUUCUACUUAGUUCAUCUAGGUCCCAAGAGUAUAAUAGUAGUACAGGAACAAUGAAUAGCGCGUCAUUUAUGUCAACUUGAAAGUCUUGAAGCAAGAAUUUUCAUCACUCAACAACCUCAAGCGCACAAUGCACAGAUGAUCCUCCAUCGUUUUCUUAUUUUGAUCGUUACUUGCUUUCGCCACACCGAGCAGAUGCACAGAUGCAGUAGCAGCACUUUUCAGGUACAUGACAUUCGUUUCCAAGAAUUGAAUGACACAAUUGACGUCUCAAGAGAUUGACUAUGUGCAGCACUAGCAGCUGUGAUGGACAAGUUCAAAAAUAGGCCGAUUGUUAGAACACGCAAAUCGCGAAACUUUGUUGUUUGCGGAAGAACUCCUAUUUCAUGAACAAGCAGGGC